AUGUUCACCAGAACGGAGACAGCGAGGAAAGAAGUUCAAAAGAUAUCACAGUAUGAAGACCAAAUGAAAUGCUAUGACGCAAGCAAGUACGACCUCGACCUCUUUCCUGCUGUAGAGGGCUAG